AUGAAAAAUCACAUACUGUAUCAGAAGCUUUAUGGAUUGAUUCUUGUUUCGAGUUUUAUCUUUCUUUCAGAUUCACUUUCACUGAAAGGAAAAAGGCUGGAUUUUUAUGGAGAAGGCGAGACAUAUGUCCAUUUGACCAACGCCAUGCCUGAACUCAGCCGACUCACAGCAUGCAUUGAUCUGAUAUCCAUGACUGACAGCUCACAUCACUGGAUGGCCUUCUCCUAUAUUACUAAUAACACUCUCCUGGGCAGAGAAGAUGUAGACCUUGGACUUGCGGGAGACCAUCAGCAGCUGAUACUGUACAGCUUUGGCAAGACCUUUUAUAUCAGCUAUCAUCUAAUUCCGUUUCACUGGCAUACCAUGUGCUUAAUAUGGGAUGGUGUGAAGGGCAGAUUAGAGCUCUUCCGGAACAAAGAAAGGAUACUUGCAAUAAUGGAUCAGCCACACAGCCUGCCUCCUGAUGGGACUUUGGUUUUAGGGCACUUUCCUAGAAAUGGAGAGGGCCAGAUUAAAACUGUGGUACCUCGCUUUACCGGCAGCUUGUAUUACUUUCAGCUCUGGGACCGCAUCCUGGAAAAUGAGGAGUUUAUGACGUGUUUAUAUGGAAAUGUAGUUAGUUGGGAAGAUGAUGUUUGGCUCAUCCACAAGACAAGUCCCACUGUUGACAGGAGACUGCGCUGCUUUGUUUCUGAAAAUAUGACAAUUCAAGAAACAAGUACAACUGUUUCACAGCAAAUAGACUUAACAACUCCUUUCCAAAUUACUGCGCUAAACCCACAGAAGACUGUACAUCCAUCCACAGUGUCAUCAGAAAGCAUGCCUGUUUCUACAAUCAAUCAUGCAGCCAUAUCUUAUUCUAAUACAAUACCCUCACCUCUAGCAACAGUGAGUGCAUCAAAAGAUUUAAAGACAUCUAUGGCCCAGACAGCUACAUUUUCAGCAGAUGUCUUGUUUACUUCAACAUCUAUCCCUCUGUCUACCCAGAGUACACCCAUUCAUACUGCCCCUGGCUCCAUGAAAGUAACUCAACACUCAAAUUUAGGAAAAACAAAGACAACAAAAAUGUUGGAAGUCAUGGGUACUGAAACCUUUCAUCCAACUACAGCUACUGAUUUCUUUAACACAUCUGGAAUUACCAAGAAUUCUAUUGUAUCUGAAACUUUAACAACUAAAUCCCAGUCAGCUGCUGGGAAUGCAACUUCAUUUUUGAUGACUGAGUCGACAUCCAUGUCUACAACAUCUCGCCCCAAACACAAAUCCACAGAUGUUGCUACACUCUCUACCUCUAAAUCUGGGUAUGAAUUUCUUGUAUCUUCAGCUGCCAGAACUGCAUCUUGGUCCACACUAGAAGAGACUUCAGCUAUGGCUACUGACAUUGGGAUUGCAUCAACCUUCCCAGCAGAGUCUUUGCUUACCUCCACAGCUGCUCCUAUGAAUUCUGUGUUUUCCGGAAAUCAGGUGGCAUCUACCUUGUCAACAACUGAUGCAGAAAUGGCAUUCACAGUCCAUUCAGUGUUGCCUAUGAGGACCACACCUGCCCCAAGAACAGUGAAAACAGAGUCAGUAUCUUCAAAUUCCCAAGCUGUCUUUUCACCGAGCAUAGAGGAUGCUAUAUAUACCCCCGGGCCUAAAGAGACCUCUUCUAUGGUCUUUUCUUCUAUUACAUCCUCUCCAGUAACUGGAACUCGAGGUGAACAGACAGUCACUGAUACUAAGAGUACACAUCUAGUCUUAACUCCCAGAACCAAACUUGUCCCUACAUUGGCUGAAACUUCACUCUUCCCUACCAUGGAGGGGCUAGUAUACACCCAGAAUACACCCACAACUGAUGAGCCCAUGCUUACUUUGAUUUCUACUAAGUCACUUUCUACAUACAAUGCAACUGAAUCAGGUCUCAUAUCUGUAACUGAUAAAAUUGACUAUCAGUUCUUCACCAAUGAGACUACUUGGACUUCUAAGCCAAAUCAAAUCCUGUUGACCUCUACAAAUACAACCACCAUACCUACAUUCAUGCCUAAUGAAAAUCUCACAUCAUCAUUCCAAGAUAGUACUACUAAUAUAGAUAAUUCAUCCAUGACUACUAAUAUCACCCUACUUGAAGCAUCCACAGACAGCAAGGGUACCACUAGCUCUGAUCCUGCUACAACCAGGUAUACAACAGCUCUAUUCAAAUCAACAUCCAGGUGGCUUAGUAAUUUCUCCAGUGUUACUGGAAUCACAUCUAUAACUAGUCAGCCUGAGGCUAAACUUAUCACCUUAUUACUGAAAAGCACCUCUAUGCCCACAGUAGCUGCAAAUGAACUUCCCUCAAUAUCAAGGGAGACAGUUGUUCCUUUAUUGGAUGUGUCUACCCUCGCUGACAUUAAACCAACUUUUUCUACUGAGAAGAACAUUUCUGAGACAACACAAAUGAAUACAAAUGGUAUGAGCACAUUUGGUGUUACUAUGGCCCCUCUACCAAUGUCUGCAACAGCACAGAGAGUCUACACCACUGUGACAAAAGAAACCACUUCCCAUCAUCCUAAGGUAAAAUCAACUAUAGCAGCAGUAGCUGAGGUUUCUCCAUUUUCAGCAAUGCUGGAAGCAACAGAUGAAUCAACACAAAUGGUGACAGCUUCUGUCACUGUUUCCCCUUUUUCAGAUAGAGAAAAAUUGACUACUGCAUUGGAUAAUGAAACUGCAACUACUGCGGUGGGAGUGAGUUGGCUUUCAACAAAACUGAUGAAAAGCACACCUGAGAGUUCAUAUGAUGGUACUACAGCAACCUUUAACUUGAACCAUACCUAUACAGUACACUGGACUUCAGAGACAUCUGAGGGGAAGUCGGCUUCAUCAUCCAUUUCUGUGAGCACCCAGACACUCCCCAGACUUCUGGGUUCUUCAACAAGGAUAAUGGGAUCCACUUUUUCCACUACUCCUUCACACAAGACAGCUGUGUCUUUGUCUGCUUGCAUCUUGUCACCACAGACUGCAGCAACUCCUUCCUCAGCAACCCCUCAUCUUACUACCCACAAGUUCUCACUGCCAGUUAAUGUCUCUGCUGUCACCUCUCCUGCCACCAGAAUGGCAGUUUUUGAUGAGACCACAGUGACCCUGUCUCAGCCUUCUACUUUGGCCAGGGACUUCACUACAUCUGUGCUAUCAGUUGGAUCACCUCUACCAACGGUGACAAUGACCACAGUAGUGGUGCCACCAGUGAGUCCAACACCUUCCACCACCAGUGAUAUCAUGCCUACCCACAGAGACUCACUUCAUACCACUUCAGAGUUCACAGAGAUCUCUUCCACAACAGCACUCACGGCAGUUUCCUCUCUGAGAGAGACUUUGGUACCCUCACUGAGACCUCCCACUCCUGUGAUGAUAACUAAGGCUAUAAACACCCUUCCCUCCAUCUCAGCUGACUUAGUAAGUCCAUCCAUACAUACUCUUGUCUGCUCAAGGCCUCCUCCUAGCAACAUUACUUUUGUGGCCUCUACUUAUGUUAGCUCAACUACAUCUACAUCAGUAGCAACAUCAUCUGUAUCUCAAGUUGAGGAUUCAACUCAUGUUUUUAGCUUUCCCUAUACUUUUAGUAGUAGUGGAGAUGUUAAUAUGGCUUCUGGACCCACAGAGUCAUCUACUGGUGGUGAGACCAUGUCCCCCCUGACCUCUGUCAAUAAACUUACUACCUCAGUAGACACCAAAUCUACCACAUAUUUUGUAAACACACCCAUCUCCACCCAGUUGACAGUUGCAACCUCUAUGUUUUCUUCUGAGAAUGAACAGACCAACACCUCCAUGGGGAAAACUCUCAGAACUACAAGGGCGGCAGAAAUUUCCCCAUCCAAGAAUUCCUUUAUUUCGGACUCCCAGAGCACCUUCCCUUGGGAAAUGACAGACACAGAAUUUUCUGAGACCACAGAAAUCUCUAGCCACCAAACACAUUUGCCUUCGGAGAUUCCACCUGGGAAUCCAACUUCUGGGAAUUUAACCACGUCUAUUGCUGGAAGCACACAGACCACACAAACCUUGACCUCAAGUACCAUAAUAGGUGUUCAUGUUUCAGAAGGGUUGACUAGUCUUGAGGAAACAGCACUCCCUUCACAACUUCAGACAAUAACCAAAUCUUUGUCUCCUGAUAAAGAAAGGACAAGUACCCUUUCAGAAUAUCCUUCCAGGACUGUGGAAAAGAUAGUGAGUUCCUCUCCUUUGACUCAUCCAGACACAGGUCACCAGGCUACUUCACCUGUAGACACUACAAUUUCCAGGACAGCUAGAAUAUCACAUCCUGUGCUCACCGACACAACUCUUUCACACCUGCCUUUACUUAAAACACAACCUGAGUCGACAUGGAUUGCUUCUUCCACUUCUGAAAACACACAGACUUUCCUUAAGUCCCUCUCUCCUUUCACAACUGGACUACUCAGUACCAAUUUUACGAUGAUCCCUGCUAACGGGGGCACUACAGUCUUUUCUGUUCCAAAUGAACCUACAAACUUGCCUGGGGAGACCUCCAUGGAAACAUCCACUCCUACUUACCAGAUGUCUUUAUUACCACUCAAUGUCACUACCGUCACCCCUAAAAAGGUUUCUGACACCCCUACAAUACUAAUGACUAAGUCUUCCCGAACCAUAAACUCAGGCUAUUUGAAAAGUCUUUCUAUAGGUACUUCUGGGCUUAAGUCUGAGAAACCUUCAAAGCUGGUUAAUGACUCUGAUUUCUCAACUACAGUGGUUUCUUCUGACACUUCCACAAGACUGAGGGCAUUCUUUACUUCGGUGUCUUCACCUCCCCCCAAGACUACUAAAACCACUCAAGUAUCAACAUUGAAUAUCACACCAGUGUCAUAUUCUAGACCUACUUCACAAAUCACAACGGUUUCCCCUACUUUCACUAAUUUACAAGUGGUAGAGAUGCCAUUCAAGACUACAACUGCACCUGUUUCCUCUCCAGCAGAACUAGAUUUUUCAUCUGUGAAAACUAUUCCAACCAUUAUUGCGGCUGGGACCGUGACUUCAGUUAUAGGCACAACUACCUCCUCUCUGUUCAGUUCUAAGAAUACUGAAGCUAUUUCCUUUAUCCCAAAGACCAUGUUUUCUUCGCUACUUUCAACAACCCAGCAAUCACCACAAGAAAAGGAGUCUACCACUCUGGACAUACUGCCUGGGAUUACCACCAGUUCCCUGUCUACUGAGAGCAGUGGUGGAGUGACAGAACCCAUCAAUACCUAUUCUAUAACUGCCAUCCCUGCAAGUGGGCUUCCAUCUACUCCUUUAGACAGUUUUUAUACUUCCUCAGAUAUUCAGGUUUCCCCAUCUGUGACUAACUUUAAAGGCACCCCUAGACCUCCAGAAAGUGUAAAAUCCACACUGACGUAUCUUUCCCGUGAUACAGGAAAGAUGACUUCCUUGUCAGGGAAUAUUUUGCUAACCAGUGAACUAACAAAGAGCAGUUCACAUGUGAAUACUUCUGUUUUAUACCCUUCAUGGACCCAGCCGAGUGCAACUCCGCCUUCUUUGACAUCAUUUCUUUACUCACCUCAUAGUACCGAGGCCAAGUUUCCUCUUACAUCUCAAACGGCUGAAUUUCCCACACAAGGAACAAGAAUCACACCUCGUACUACUCAGUCUCUACUUACAACUUCCAGAAACACACCCAGAGGUGAAGACUCUCCGUUUCCCGUUUUCACAACUAAUGUAAUGACACCAAACAGAAUGGAAACAGAAACUCUUCACUUUACUCCCGGGACUUUGUCAACAUCUCAGAUUGGUCUGGUUUCUAGAGCUAUUACAGCGAUGCCAUCAAUUUUUACAUUAGAAAGCCUUCCUACUUUUGGGCUUACUGAGAAUACAUCAUUAUCAGUGUCUUCCAUAGUUCUCCCUACCAUGUUGGCCGCCAUUUCCAGGGCUACCUCACCGACUUGGAGCUUAUCUAGUCUCCCUUCAGGCUCUCUGACAUCUGUAUCUAAUCCUCCUCAUUUUCUAACUUCACCUGCAGGAGAAAUGGCAGAGUCCAUGUUUCCAGCUUCUGACACAAUAGCAACACCCCCUAACUUUACAACAGUGCCCUUUUCUGAUGGAAGCUCCAUACCCACCCAAAGCACUCCUGUAGCUACACUGGACAUCAUCACUGUUGACUCUCUGACUUCUCUGCCCAUAUCUACAAAAACCAAAGGUGACAGUCCACACACUCCUACAGCCCUUGAAUCAUCCGCCAGGACUACUGUGGCUGACAACUCCUGGACUGUGUCUGAACCCAGGUCCUUUAGUAGAAUGAGUAUAUCACCUUCUAUAACCAGUCACGACCUACCUACAGGUUCUCUGUCUGUGUCUAGCCCUACAAAAACAGCUGUGUGGAGUAAAGUCCCAGCUACAUCAGAAUCCCAUACUUUAAUUCCUCCUAAACCCACACAGGACUCUGUUAUGAAUAUAGCCACUACUCCAUCCAUAGCUACAGGGCCCUCAUUUCCAUGGAUGUCUGCUGAGAUGACACGUCCUUCUACAGCAACUGGGUCUUCACUAAUCUCUUCAUCUUUUAAGACAACCUGGAUAGACUCCACAUUUUCCUUUCUGUUUACACAAGCAUCUACUUUACCAACUGCUACAGUGUCUACAGUUUCCUUCUAUAAUACCAAAAUGAGCUUCUCUGUCUUUGAUGAAGAGCCAAGAGUCCUCAUUACUACUGUUAUUCAUGAAUUUACAAAAGAUUGGUUAAACUUUGUGUUUCAAAACAGCGAAUUUUCUCUUGCUAACUUGGCUAUUCAAAUCAAAAGCAGAAAGACUUCUGAAGAAGAGAUGGACAUGUACAGACAUAUAUUGGAACAGAAAAAAGGUCAAGGAAUUGCUACAAUUUUUCAUAUACCAUACAGUUGUGCCUGUUGGGUCAUUAUAAAGGCCAACUCCUCUUUGGAAUCAGUGGAACUGAUCAGCAGGAUCCGAACAAAGAUACAUGGGAACCUCACACAUGCAAACUUCACACGAGAUCGAUUGACUCUCCUGGUAAAGUCGGACCAUGUUGUAGUGGAAAAGCUAGAGCCAGGAAAAUGUGAAGCAGAUGAAACACCCUCAAAAUACAAAGGGACAUAUAAGUGGCCAUUAACUGACCCUACUGAGACAGCCCAAGUAAGGUGCAUUAAAAAUGAGAAUAGGAACGUCACAAGAAUCUGUUCUAUCAGCAGCCAAACUGGCAAGUGUCAAUGGGAAAAACCAAGCUUUAAACAAUGCAAGCUGCUUCAAGGACUCCCUGAUAAGAUUGUGGAUCUUGCUAAUAUCACUAUAAGCGAUGAGAAUGCAGAUGAUGUCGCGGAGCACAUUUUAAAUCUGGUAAAAGAGUCUCCACCUCUGGAUGAAGAAGAGACCAAGAUUAUUGUUUCUAAAGUAGAUGAUAUUUCCAACUGUGAUGAGAUAAGUACCAACCUAACCCAGAUGAUACUCCAAAUCAUCAGCACGGUGACGGAAAAGCAAAGCGAUCCAGCUUCCAAUUUGCCUCCAGUAAGCAAUAAGAUUCUGAGGAUAAUUGAGCGUGCUGGUCACAAGAUGGAGUUUGUGGGGAGAACAGCAAAUCUCACUGUGGCCAGACUGGCUUUGGCUGUUCUGCGGGUGGACCACAGGUUUGAAGGUAUGGCUUUCAGCAUCCACUCCUCUGAAGAAGUCACAACCCCCCAGAUUUUCCUUGGCGGUAUCCCUCUAAGGAGGGUUCUGGCUUCCAUAUAUUUGCCUCAAUCACUGAGGGAAAAAGUUCCUCUUAAUGGAUUACAAACCAUCUUGUUUAAUUUUUUUGGCCAAACCUCACUCUUUAAGGCCAAACCCAUCACUACUGCAUUAAUGACAUAUGUUGUGAGUGCAAGUAUCUCAAAUACAUCCAUUCAAAACUUGGCUGAUCCAGUGAUUAUCAUUCUGAAGCAUAUUCAAGGAAACUGGAAUUAUGAUCAAGUUUACUGUGCCUUUUGGGAUUUUGACACUAACAAUGGGCUAGGUGGAUGGAAUUCAUCAGGCUGUAAAGUAAAGGAAACCAACGUAAAUUACACAAUCUGUCAGUGUAACCACCUCACCCACUUUGGAGUUUUAAUGGAUUUGUCCAGGUCUACAGUGGAUGCAGUGAAUGAACGGAUAUUAGUGAUUAUAACAUAUACAGGAUGUGGGAUCUCCUCCAUUUUCCUGGGGAUUGCAAUGGUGACAUACAUAGCUUUCCACAAACUUCGAAAAGAUUAUCCUUCCAAAAUCCUGAUCAACCUAUGCACAGCAUUACUGAUGCUCAACCUAGCAUUUCUGGUUAAUUCCUGGAUGGCAUCUUUUCAGCAAGUGGGACUAUGUAUCACAGCUGCAGUGGCACUUCAUUACUUUCUGCUGGUGUCUUUGACUUGGAUGGGCCUGGAGGCAGUCCACAUGUACUUUGCUCUAGUCAAAGUCUUCAAUACAUACAUUCCAAAUUAUAUCCUGAAAUUUUGUCUAGCUGGUUGGGGAAUCCCAGCAAUCACAGUGGCCAUUAUACUCAGCAUAAGAAAAGACCUGUAUGGAACUCUGAGCCCAACAACUCCGUUUUGUUGGAUUAAAGAUGAUCGUAUCUUUUACAUCUCGGUGGUGGCUUAUUUUUGCCUCAUAUUUCUCAUGAAUCUCUCCAUGUUCUGCAUUGUUCUCGUUCAAUUGACUUCGGUGAAAUCCCAAAGCCAGAAGACCCGGAAGAAGAUGAUCCUGAAUGACCUCAAAGGCACAAUCAGCCUGACAUUCUUACUUGGCCUCACUUGGGGGUUUGCCUUUUUUGCCUGGGGACCUGUGAGGAUCUUUUUCAUGUAUCUUUUUGCCAUUUGUAAUACUUUGCAAGGGUUCCUCAUCUUUGUGUUUUACUGUGUGAUGAAGGAGAGUGUGCGGGAGCAGUGGCAAAGGCAUCUCCAUUGCAGGUGGUUUCGGCUAGAUAACUUUUCAGGUAAGAUGUUUGGGAUAAAUGUUAGGUAUAAACAGAAGAAAUUGAAGAAAACCUAUGAGUCCAAAUUAUUGACACCAUCGCUCAAGUCAACAAUAACCAAUUCCACUUUCAAAUCUAUGGGAUCCGUGCCCAGCACUCCUUCAGAAAUAAACUUUCCAAAUGGUGACUUCGAUGAUUGUUCCCAUACAUCCUCUUCCUUGGGUUGUGAAGCUGCACCGACUUUUAUAAGAAGAGCAUUGCCUGCAGAAAUCAAAACAAAUUCCAUUCAGAAACAAAGAUCAUUUUCAAUAAAUGUCAGCAGAGAUGCUCACCUGAUUCCCAGUCCUGGAUUGGGGGAAAUGUUCAAUUUGUGA